AUGCGUGGAAUAUCAAGAAAUAGCAAGACUGAUAAAACACAAAGACGUCUGGAUACAAUUACAUACGAUUUUCAUCCUGAAACAAAUGGUAUAGGACGUGUAAACAUGUUAAUAAAAUUUAGUAAUCAAUCGUUUAUUAUUUGUCUAAUAUUAUUAUCAAGAUAUGCAGCUGACGCAUUUUGGUGGUCAUUGGGUUUACCAGUAUUUCAAUUAUGGUCAUCUCAACAGCCAUCAUUUGAACAAGCCCAAUUUUGUUCAUCUAUACCAUUUUUAUCCAAUGAACAAAAACAGUACUGUAAAACAAAUCCAAAAAUGAUGCGUGUUAUUAGUGCGGCAGUGGCAAUGGCCAUUGAUGAAUGUCAAUAUCAAUUUCGUAAUCAACGUUGGAAUUGUACGAUAUUUAAUAGUUCAGAUAUUUUUGGAAAAAUUGUUUUAAGAAAAACACCUGAAACAGCGUUUAUCUAUGCUUUAACGUCUGCUGCUGUUGUUCAUGCUGUUGGUAAAGCAUGUGCGAAAGGUGAAUUAAGUCAAUGUGGAUGUGAUAAACAACAACAAACACAGACAAAUCAGCAACGUCAUCAUCGAAUACCAUUGUUACCGAUUAAACAAGGUACAACAGCAUUACAAACAUCAACAACAGAUGCGUCUAAUGAAAAUUCAGAUGCUGUCGGUUGGGAAUGGGGCGGUUGUUCACAUGAUAUUAAAUAUGGACGAAAUGUUAGUGAAACAUUUGUCGAUGGACAAGAAUCAACCAGCAGACGAAAAAUUGUCCGAAUGAUCAAUUUACAUAACAAUGAAGCUGGAAGACAGGCUGUUGAACGUAAUGUUCAGUUAACAUGUAAAUGUCAUGGUGUUUCUGGUUCAUGUACAUUGCGUGUAUGUUGGCGUACAUUACCUGAUUUUCGCGUUAUUGGCUCGGAAUUACGUUUAAAAUAUCAAAGUGCCACACAAGUACGGUUAAAUCGAAAAUUAAAUGUUUUAAAACCAAGAAAACGUCUUGUUAAGUUAUUUAAUGUCACUGAUCUCGUUUACGUUCAGCAAUCACCAUCAUUUUGUGAGAAAAAUUUAAGAUUAGGCUCAUUGGGAACUCAGGGACGUCCAUGUAAUUUAACAGUUAAUGAACCGGGCAGUUGUUCGGUUCUAUGUUGUGAUCGUGGCUAUGAAGUUGUCAUUAAGACAGUUGAACAGGACUGCGAAUGUCAAUUCCAUUGGUGUUGUGAAGUGAGAUGUCGAAAAUGUUUAAGACGAGUGGAGCAAUAUUUUUGUAAAUGA